AUGAAAGUCUAUGGUGUUGUGUUUGUGCUUGGCGCCCUUGCUGGGACGUGUGCGUCUCCUGAGAACUCGUUCUAUCCAAAUCUGAGCAGCCCCGAUGUGAUCACCGCAGCGCACUACGAUGCUGUGCCGCGCGGAGCUGCACACGAGACCAGGACCAGUGCCAGCGAUGGCGCGUAUGCGUACUGCUCCAUGCCGCACCCCAGCGUAGAUAUGUAUAAGGAGCCAGAGCCAGUACGCAACGGAUCCGUUCAUGCGGAACUAAAGGCUGUACUUUAUAUGCAAAGGCACCAAAAGCGCACGGCCUAUCACAUUUUUCCGCACGGCGAAGCGACUUUGUACAACUGCGAUGACGGACGUCCUUACUUGUACUAUAGCCCCUCUGACAAGAAACUACCGCAGCCCAUGCACGUCUACGCACAGACGUAUGCUGACGCAACGAAUCCGCUCACGCAAUCACUUGCCAACUCUUCGUGCCAGUUUCCACAAAUGACCAUUGGCGGGUACUUGGAUGGUGUGCAGCAUGGUGCAGAGUUGCGCGCACUGUACCAGGACAAGUACAAUAUUAUUCCAGGAUGGCCAUCUCCACGCACUGUUUGGUUCCGCUCAUCUACCGCAGCUCUGACGCAAGAUUCUGCUGGCGGCGUCCUGCGCGGCCUUUGGCCGCAUUGGCGCGGUGCAAUUCCACUGCACCAGCAAUCUGAAUUUAUCGAUACGCAUGCACCGCCGUGCGAUCGGAGAGAUGCGUUGCUUGACGCUGCGAAGUCCACGGCAACGUGGAAGAAGCACUUGCGCGUAUCAUCGUCGCUGCGCAGCAAGCUGGAAUCUAUGCUGCUGACAAACACGAGCGAAUGGCGCGUGGAUUGGGACCACUACAACGACAAUUUUCAAGCGCGCCUUUGCAAUGGGUACGCGCUUCCGUGUGCGCUGCACAAGGACAAGGACUGUGUCACGACAGAGGAGGCGAAUCAAGUAUUUACAGCUGGCGACUGGGAGUACAAUUACUACUGGGUCGACCGCGAUAAUGUGACGGAAGCGAUCCAGCUUACAAGUGGUCUCUUAAUUCAAGACAUGGUCACGCACCUCACGGAGAUUGCGAAUGGCAAGUCGGCGUUGCGGUACUUGCACAUGUUUAUGCACGAUGGCGAUAUUGCUCCCCUCGCGGGCUCUUUGGGCAUCGAGACCCUGCGUUGGCCCGGCAUGGCAUCCAACAUUGCGAUUGAAUUGUGGGAGUCAAAAAGCAGCGGCAUGCACGCGCGGGUUUUGUACAGCGGCAACACGAUUCGAUCCAAGCACGGCAAUAUGGACUGGAUCCCAUUGGACAAAUUCUUGCAUGGUUGGAGUCGGUACAUUCCACACGACUUUGUCGCACAGUGUGCGACACCGUUGUGA